AUGGUGUUCGCACAUUUAGCUGUUUAUUUUCUUAAUAAAUAUCUAGGAGAUUAUAUUGAGAAUUUAGAUACAAAACAGUUGCAAAUUAGUUUAUGUCACGGCAAUUUAGUUCUUAAAAAUUUAUCUCUCAAGCGCGAUGCAUUGGCCAAUCUCGAUCUUCCUUUUAAUGUUGCCACUAGUUACCUACAUGAAUUAUCAAUGCAUAUUCCAUGGCAACAUAUCCAUACUCAUCCAACUAAAAUACAUAUCGAUGGUGUCUACCUUCUUCUUACCCCGAAAACUGAUAUUAAAUAUGAUCGUGAACGAGAAGAACAAAACCAAUACGAAUCGAAAAUGAAAGAAGUACAUAAAAUCGAACAAUUUCGUAAACAACGAGAAGAAUAUCAAAAUUCUCAGAAAAUCACCAAGCACAAAGAUACAUUUUUCGAACGAUUAGAAAUUCAUAUUCUUCGUAAUUUAGAAUUAUCGAUCAGUAAUUUUCAUAUUGCUUUUGAAGAUGAAGUCACCAAACCUGAAUGUCCAUUUGCAUUUGGUAUUACAUUUAAUUAUAUCAAACUUUUCACAACUAAUGUUGAAUGGGAACCUCUGGUAGAAAAAAAAGAUGCACCCGUUAUGUAUAAAGUUGGUGAAUUGAAUAAAUUAUCGAUUUAUUGGAAUUCGAAUACAAAAACUCGAUUAGAAUUCAAAUCAGAAGAUAUUGAUGAUUUUCUACAAAUAAAUAUUAUCGACCAUGAAUCAAAAUCAGACAAACAAUUGACUUAUAUUCUUCGACCAUUAAAUAUCCAAGCAAAAUUAAAAAUUGCUACAGCGUCUAGUGAACAACAUUAUGUUCGACCAGUUGUCGAUGCACAGGUUGAUCUAGAACAAAUAAGUUUUAAUAUUGAUCGUAAUCAAUAUUCGGAUUUACUUGAUCUAUUAGAAUUUCAAGAUCAGAUGGAUUUAAAAUCAAAAUUCAUCAAAUAUUAUGCAAUAAUCGGUAACGAAACAACCGAUAAGCCAAGUUUACGUCGAUGGAAAUUCGCCUAUAUGGCGAUUUUACAUGAAGAAAUUCGUCCACGAUUGUCAUCGUACAAAUGGGAAAAUAUUAAGUCGCAUCGUGAUCGAGUUCAAUUCACACUUGAUAGUGCAAUGAUGGCUAAUGAAAAAAAGAAGUUAUACGAUGCUAUUGGGUAUUCCGAAGACAAAAGAUCAUUGAAUUAUCCUGAAGAAUAUGUUGAUAUCGAUCUAUCAGUUCGAUUACAUAUGCUAGAACUCAAUGUCUGGUCAAAUAUUAACGACAAUGACACACAAUUCAAAGUUAUUGCGACUGUCGUAAUACCUGAUGCAGGGUUGAAUUUCAAACGCCGUCCAGCUAAACCAGCUUUUCUAAUUAUCGCUGAUUUAACUACCUGUCAAGUAUUUGGCGUUCAACAACUCGGUGAUAAUCGCCCAGUUCUUGUUGAACAGCGCACUCAAUUAGAACAAAAAAAUCUUUUACAUAUCGAAUAUGAAACUAAUCCAGUUGAUAAACCCUCAGACAAUCGCAUUCAAAUCCUUUUACAAUCAUUAGCAAUCACAUACGAUGCGUUCACAGUGAACAAAAUUGUUGACUGUUUUCAACCUGAUAAGAAGCGCAACUUACAAGGGAUCAAAGAAGUUGCUUAUUCGACAUUUGAUGAUGUUAAAUAUCAAUCACAUUUUUUCUUCAAUCAUUCUUUGAAAAAUAUUCAAGCAACAGAUAUUGAUAUAGACCUUCAAUCUUCUUAUUUUCUCUUACCUGAAAAUGGCAUACAUCAACGUGGUUGUACAAUUAUGUGUUUAGAUUUUGGUCAUUUCACAUUCAAAGGUGGUCCAAGUUACAGUGAAAUAGAAGCAGAAAUAUCAUCUCAAGAUAUUACAGUUAUUUCUGAUACUCCUCAAUCAACCUAUUUUCCAUUAAAUCUGAAGCUGGAGGACAUUCAAUUACUCUAUGCUAAUCAAGAUGAUGAUUGGUAUAAUGCACGUAUUUUACGUGAUUCUCCAUUCCAUUUGAUCAAACCAAUUUCAAUCUAUUUGAAUAUACACAAAUGUAAUCAUGUAGACAGUAUGGUCUUACCCGCUUGGAAAAUCGAUAUACAAAUUACUGAUAUUGAUGGUCGCGUGUCUGAUACACGUAUGAUUGGUCUUGUGAAACUUAUUCAAUCUAUUCCAUUGCCAGAAUCAAACGAAGACGAUGUUGAAACGGAAAUUCGUAUUCAAACAAACACUUUUCAGGUCAAUGUACCACGUAAAAAUAUGAAGAAGAACUUAGAAACUGUGGAAAAUAUGGCACAAGCACAGAAAAUGUUAGAACAAGCGGCUAGUACCGAAAUAGAUAAUCAAGCAUCGAAAAAGAUCGCCAAGAAAAAUCAAGUAAUCGAACUCGAAGCUACAUUUGAACUUUCACGAGUUAAUCUUUUGAUUGAAGAAACAACAUCAGAAUUACUUCAAUGUGUUCGACCAUUCGUUAAUAUUUCUAUCAUUUCACUUGCCGCUCGAACAACGAUGAAAACAUUCGAUAUCGAUUUUGAUAUUUCACUAACCGAUUUAAACAUUACUCACGAACAAUUUCUAACUAAUAGCAAUACUUCACUUCGUUUAGUUUCAAUCGAACAUCAUCCUAAUCAAGAAAACAAACAUUUAAUUAGUAUUCAAGGUUUACUUACGUCAUCUGUCAAUCCAUCAUUCGAUUCAGCUCUUUAUAAUAGUAUUGAAAAUCAAGCUCGAUUACAUAUCGCUAAACCUGUACUGAUGUUACAAUUAGAACCAUUUGUAUCUAUUGUACAAUUCAAAAAUAGUAUAAUGGAAAAGAUUUCACAAGAACAACAUCAAAUCCCAGCGAAAAAAUCUACCCCGCAACAAGUUGUUAAGAAAGAUUCUCGAACAACAAUACCAACAUUUCGUUUCGAAGCAAAUCUCGAAGGAUUACGUGCCAUUAUCGGAUCUGAAUAUUCACAAAUUCUAGACAUUAAUUUUCAAGAUCUUCAUUUUGAUGCCUUAAAUUCUAAAGAGCAAACAGCGGUGAAUAUUAUUCUCGCUGAUUUCUAUGUCUAUGAUUCUAAUCCUAAAGCACGUUUUCAUAAAAUUAUUUCUCAACAAGGCAACGAAAAACAAUUAUUACGUAUGAAUUUAUCUCUAUAUAAUUAUCCGAAAAAAUACCAAAUGACACUUGAGGAUGUUGAUUGUGAUCUAAAACUGCAAUUGACUAAACUGAAUAUUAUUUUUCUCUAUAAACAUGUCGAUCUUGUCUUGAAUAUAAUCGAUAUAUGGGAAACGAAAACAUCCGUACAAAAACCUCCUUCUGAUCCAAAUCAACCGAGUACAGUCUCGAGAACAAUGGAGAAAUUCCAAGAACAAGCACUUAAAUUACGUUUGGAUGCUACAUUCAAUGCUCCAUCAAUACUAAUUCCAAUUAAUUCUAGUUCGCACGAAGGAUUAUUCAUUGAUUUAGGUCAACUACUUAUUCAAACAAAAUUUUCUGAUGAUCCAACAAGUUUACUUGUAGAAGAACAAGUUGUCACUGUGAGAAAUCUAUUGACUAGUCGUGUUCAUCUAAGCAAAACUAAUGAAAUUGUUGCGGAUAUUAAUUUACUUGAAUGUGCAGAACUUCAUGUUUUAAUCGAUCGUUUAUUAUAUCCAGAUAAAGUCUUUGAUCAAUCACAAAUAUCUAUUAAAGCUUAUUGGGAUACAAUUCAAUUUAUUCUAGCUAAAGAUGAUUAUGCUUGUAUUAUGAAAGUAUUGGAUGAAAAUUUCUCCGAGACGAUUCAGCAACGGGCAUCAAAACCGCCUUCUACUAAAGUUCAAACUGGAUCAACAUCUAAACAGGAGAAAGUUGUAGUGAUCGAUAGUAAACAACCAGAUCGUUCAAUUACUGAACAACUUCGUAUUGAUGCAAAAAUUAAGAUAAUUGGUUUGAAACUCUAUCUCGGUGAUUCUAAGAUCAGAAGCCGGCAUACGUCGCGUAAUGAAAAUUUAAAAUUUGUGGAUCUAAGACUGGAAAUAUGCGAAGCACACUUUCAUCAACUGUCCAAUUCAAGUUACACUGCUCAAGCACAAAUACAUGGACUUAUACUAGAUGAUCUACGUGAAGCGGAUCGACCGAAUAAUGUUACUCGUCUCAUCGAUCGUAGUUCGAAGAUUGAUUCCAAUACACCAAUUUUUGAUGUCAAAUUAGACUGUAGACCAAAAGAGGAACAACAUUCCAAAGGAGUUCAACAAGUCAAUGUGCAAUUGGAGAGUUUUUACAUUUGUAUAAGUCCAGAUUAUUUCAUGGCUUUACAAGACUUCUUUAUUGGAAGUUUAUCGGCAACAGAUGAAAAACGAAUGCCUCUGUCAAUGACAUAUUCCGUCGAACCAGGAUUUGAUAGUAGUUAUAAGUUACCACCACCAGGUAAAUCAAUAUCCAUACAUCGUCGACCAUCCAGCAUUACUCACGAAGUACCCAUCGGUUCGCCUCCACUACCAACAUCAUCUGAAACUGACAGCGACAUGAAAAUUCUUGUUGAAGUGAUGAUCAAUAAUCCUGAAAUCAUUUUACUCGAAGAUCAAAAUAAUACUAAUUCCAGUUGUUUUGUUUUCGAUGUCAAAUCGGAGAUUCACAUAAUCAUUGUGAAUAAUACUACACAAGUGUCUGGUUUAUUAAAAGAUUUGACACUUUAUGGUUCGAAUUUUGCUGAAUUAAACGAUUCUCAAAGCAAAUAUAAUAUUUUGCAACCGGUAAACAUUCGUACAGCAUUAAUGAUGAACAAUACGGAACAAAAAAUCGAUGUACAAAUUGAAGAUAUUACCAUUCAAAUUCUUCCUGCAAUGGUACAUACUAUUCGUAACAUGAUGAAUUCAAUGGGCAAACUUCAAACUGCCGUAGAAACGGAAGUGAAUAAAGUCAAUUCGACAACACUUUUUGAACCGAAACCAUUCAAAGAUGCAAAUUUUUGGUUUAUUGAAGACAAUGAUGAUAAGUAUGAAAUAUUAGAAGAAACAGAUAUUUUGGAAGUGACAACCGGUACUCCUUCGGAUAAGAAGCCAGUGAUGGAAGAAGCGCGUAAACAGAAAGAAAAAGAACAAAAAUUACAAGUACAAAAUAUUCGUUCACAAGCGUUAACUGUGAGUUCGAAAAUAGUAGAAAUUAGACUUGAACUUGGUGCAGGUACAAUAACAAAACCCAUGAUUGCUAUGUGUCUUUCGGAUAUGUCAUUGGAAUUGGAAAAUUGGUCGACUGAUAUGGAUAUUUCAUCGACAAUUUACAUUGAACUAGCUUUAUUUAAUGAAAAUUUACUCGCUUGGCAACCAUUGAUUGAACCGGUAUUGGAUGGCAACGGUAAUGUGGUAUGUCCAUGGUGUAUUACAUGUUCAACUUAUAAUUGUGAAGACGAGGAAGAAAAUGAUAAAGACUCUCGAUUCUUAUUAGACGAUCCGAAAUCAUUCUCGGAUAAUAAUAAGCAACAAAAACAAGAAGAGAAAUUGAGUUUAGAUGCUAAACAAGUUAUAUUUAUUCGUGCUGAACAUCUACUCAACUUGACUGUAACAAAAUCUAUGUUAGAUAUUACUCAACGUUUGUCGGGUAUACUCGAUCAAGCUUAUAAUCAAAAGUCACAUGGAAAUAGUGAUGAAGAUAAAGCUUUCUUAUCAAUCCUAAAUAUGACCGGAGAAGUAGUCGAUAUUGAUCAUAUUAUUGGUGUACAGUUUCUGGAAGAUAGUGAUUUAACAACUCCAGUUCAUUUGGAACAUAAGGAUUCAAUUCCAUUGACAGUUCCGAAAGAACGAUUAUCAGCAACACGAAUUCCAGCAAUAUCGGAUCAAAUUGCCAAUCGAAAGCAAGAAUUUUCAAUUAAAAUGAGUAAUCUAGAAAAAACUGUAGAUAUCAAUCAAACAUGGCGACGAAUAUUUGAUAUCGGUCCAUCACCUAUUACAGGCUGGCCAAUUCAAUUACUUUGUGAUUCUCAUUUAUAUAAAGAUCGUCGACGUAUUGUUCUUAGUUCUAUUAUUAAAGUGUUGAAUCGUGCGAUCAUGCCAAUAAUAAUCUUAGAGAUUGAUUCUGUAGAAUUAGGAACAUUUCGUGAAGUUAGCCGUAUCGAACCCGAUGGUGAACUCUAUCUUCCAUUGAGUUUACUCUAUGCUCGCAUUACUCCACGACUAUUUAUUACUAUUGACGAUGCGAAAUUGAAUACUCAUGGUCAUGACUGUAUUGCCUUUAAUUGGACAAGUGAAUCUGCUGCUGAUCGUCGUUUGAAAUUGAAUAAUGGCAGAGAUGCCUACUUUGUGUUCUACAAAGAAUCAAAAGAAGCAUGUUUAGAAAAUACGGAUGAACCUAAUCGAACGGCAUUACACAUCUACUUCAAAUUGGCUCUUCAAUUGAUUAAUCUAUUAUCACUUGAUGUUGAAUGUUGGAUCGAUGAUGUCGAACAAGUGAAACUAGAACCAAAUAAUUUGUAUCACAGUGUUUCAGGUAACAAAAGAUCCAUGCUGACUUUUGUGAUUCCAUAUUAUAAAGAUGCUAAAUGGAUAUCCGAACCCAUGGACAUGAACUUGAAAACGAACACCAAACUCAAGGACUACGUCCUCAUAUUUCAUAGUACUAGCUCACAAGAAUCAUUGAGAUUAAUGUUACGUGUAGAUAUCUAUCGAGAAUCAUAUCGUGCUUCGUUGUAUUCUGUAUUCUGGGUCUUGAAUUGUACAGAUUUGAAAUUUGAAUUUAAGAUUGAAAACGAAAAAACAUUGAUCGAAGCAAUUGAACCACCAUUUUUUGUCUGCCCGAAAAAUUUGGAUAGUAAAAAGAAAAAGGGUCAUAUACGAUUGUUCAGCAACGAACAAAAUGAAAAGUUAUCUGAUUGGUCUGAAGGUUUUUCAUUGGACACAAUUAAAAUUACUGAAAUGGUUAAUUGUAAAGUAGCGAAUGAUCGAACUUAUACAGUUUCUGUUGAUAUUGCUACGUCUUCAUUUGGUAUGACGAAAAUUAUCACACUAGCUCCAUCGACCAUGGUUAUUAAUAAAUCAACGAUUGAAGUUGAAGUUACGGAAGUAGAAACGACCAGAGGAGAAGAAGAAGAACAAUGGAAAUUAAUCAAACCUGAAGGAAUUAUUCCAUUCUGGCCACGUAACAUUGAACAAGGUCUCAUGCGUGUUCGUUACACACAUAAUCCUCUCGCCAUUUCGACAUUCGUAUUCAAGGAAAAACAACGAACUUUACUGCAUAUGGAUGAUCGAGAACGUCCGGCACUUCAAAAUGACGUAGUUAUUAGUGAUAACAAUGGAUGUCGUAUCGUUUUUGGUGAUUAUAAGAUCGGUGAUUCACCUAUUCUUUUAGUUAAUUGUUUGAAAAAACGACCGAUAACAUUCUGUCAAUCGGAAGAUAUACGAAUACAAGUUUUAUCACCACGACAUUAUGUAUAUUAUACAUGGAUGGAUCAAUUGAAACCACGAUCUUUAGUCAUUUCCUCGGAUGGUCCAACUGCUACUAUUGAAUUGAACCCACUGUGUGGUAAACUAGAAACAAAUGAUCAACAGACAGUGUAUUAUGCCACAUUUCACGAUGGUCCUCAAAUGGUAUUAAUCUUUGCUGAAGAUAUUGAUAUUAUCGAUGUAGCAACUCAUAUGCCAUCGUUAGCUGAAAAAAUGAGUCAGCAUAUUCAAAUUGGUAUUCGUGAUAUUGGUAUUUCAGUGAUCGAUGAUAUUGCUCGAAGUGAUUUAUUUUAUAUUACUAUUAAUAAAUCAAAAGAAGUCUGGACAGAAACAAGAAAUGCAAAUGUCAUACCACUUUCAAGAAAUCUCGAUCAUCAUAUAGAUGAACAUUAUAAAAAGUACAUCAAAAAUCUAGAGGAGAAUCCGAACGAUGAAGAAUUAGCAAAGAAGAAAUAUCGUAUUGAUGAUAAACGUAAUGUUUCAUUCGAUGAAAAUACAGCGGAGUUGAGUGAUCACCUUGAUCAUCGAGUAACUCUUCAACGACAAUCAUUCGAUGGAUUAUGGGUUAGUUUUGCUUGGUCAACAACGAAUCAAGCACUACAUCUACGCAUCAAUCGUUUUCAAAUUGAUUAUGCAGAAGAAUUUACACUCUAUCCUGUUGUUUUAAAUCCAAUUAUUUCCAAAGCAUUGGGCACUGAUUUACCUGGUAAACCGUUCAUUGAACUCAGUUUAUUUAAAACGGAAUCUGCGCGAGCUAAUACACAAAAUAUUAAAUACUUAAACUUACUGGUACAAGAAUUUGCCUUUUGUGUUGAUCAAACCUUAAUCAUGUCAAUUCUUGGCUUUGUUAAACAUGAAAAGACGAAUGAAGCACCCACAAUUAAUAUGGAACGUGACUUGCAACGUAUUCAUAAGCCAUUAGAAGCAAUUACGGAUGCUCAAUCUAACAGUCUUCCAACAGAACCGAAAAUCUUCAUUGAUAACCUACAUUUAUCUCCUUUAAAGAUUCACGUUAGUUUUUCCAUGCACGGUACAUCAGCAAAUGAACAGUUAUUAGCUGAAUAUCCAAUCGUCGAUUUCUUACUAAAUGUAUUGAAUAUAGCAGAAGUACAAGAUGCUGUAUUAAAAUUGAACUGCUAUGAACGAAAGAACGAACAAUUUACUAAUGCCAAAUUAUUGGAAGAAAUACGCAAUCAUUAUCAAAGUCAAUUAAUGGGACAACUACAUGUUGUUGUACUUGGUCUUGAUGUCCUAGGAAAUCCAUUCAGUGUUAUACGUGGAGUCGGUAAAGGUGUUGAAUCAUUCUUCUACGAACCAUACAAGGCAAGUGGUGCAAUGAAAGGUCCCAUUGAAUUCAUCGAAGGUGUUGCAGUCGGUACUGGAAAUUUAGUUAGUUCUACCGUUGGUGGCGCAGCUGGUGCUCUAUCGAAGAUUACAGGUGCAGCAAGUCAAGGUUUAGCAACAUUAACAUUUGAUGAAGACUACCAAAAUUCGCGUAUCGUACGUAAAGAGCUAACUGGUCAUUCUGUCUCUGGCGUGAUUACUAGUGGAAAAAACAUCGGCAAAGACGUAUUACAUGGUUUUACAGGUAUCGUGAAGAAACCAGUAGCGGGUGCGAAAAAACGAGGUGCAGCUGGUUUUGUCAAAGGUUUGGGUAAAGGUUUUAUUGGUCUUGUUGCACGACCAGCAAGUGGCGUGGCUGAUUUUACUAGUACAUCGUUUGAUAUGAUUAAACGACUGGCUAUACAUGAAGAAGUUAUUCAUCGAAUGCGACUUCCACGACAUGUUGGUCGUGAUGGUAUUAUUCGACCUUCAACUUCUCAUGAAAUCAAAGGAUUUCGUAUUUAUGAGAAAUUGAAAGGUGAAAAACACGGUGCAAUGGAUAUUUAUAUUGCUCAUAUAGAUUGUACUAAAGAUGCAUCGAUGAUUCUUAUGUCUAGUCUCAAACGAUUAUUAAUUUUGACUGGAACAGGUGAUUCAUUAGAUGACUAUCAGAUCGAAUUACAGUGUCACUAUAGAGAUUUGAAGGGACCACCUACUAUUACAUAUGAGCCAGAUAAAGUUCAUAUUAAUUUAAAAGCAUCAAAAGUACUUGGAGUUAGCAAGAAAGAUCCAUCACAUGAAUCAACAGUUCCAUGUCAAAAUACAGGCGAAGCUCGAGUAUAUACCAUUUCUUCUCAAAAUACAACCGACUUACCACAUUCAAUUUUAUCCAACAUGAGUCAAUCGAUCUCUCCAAUAGUCAUGGGUAUAUUAUUCAGUACAUAUUUUCUAACAAUUCAAACAAUUGAAUACAGUUUAUCAACUUAUGUUCUCAAUGAAAAACAACACGAACUUUAUCAAGAUUAUGUAUUAUUCAAAGUCAAUGCACCGAUAUGGAAAUGGUGGAAUUUAUUUACAUUGUUAACAAUUCCACUAACAAUUUGGGCUACUCUUGGUGAUCUAUGGAAAAUAUUUACAACAAAAGCUCCAAUCAAACAUCAUUUAACAAGUAUUAUCAGAGCGAUGCAAUUCUUUACUCUAUUGUUUAUUACAUUUACACGUGCAAUACCUUUAGAAGCGAAAUCAGCUGAAACACCAUCGGAAGAAAUUCUAGUGGAAUUAAAUUACUAUCAAUGGGUUCUUUUUCUAUUAAAUAUUCUUGGAUUUGUUGUAACAAUUAUUCAAUGUAAACAAGCACAACAUACUGAACCGAUUGAAGCCAAAAAGAAAAAAGAAUAA